ACUGUCAACAGUGAGUUCGCGCACAACCGUUUCGAGUGCAGCGCUAACCACUCUGUGACUAUUCCGCCCGUAGGAUCACCAAAAAUAUGCAAAAAUAUGAGAAACUCGAGAAAAUAGGAGAAGGCACAUAUGGAACAGUUUUCAAAGCCAAGAACCGCGAGACACAUGAAAUCGUUGCUUUAAAAAGAGUUCGAUUAGACGACGACGACGAAGGUGUACCGUCGUCCGCCCUCAGGGAAAUUUGUCUGCUGAAAGAACUGAAACACAAGAAUAUCGUCAGGCUGUACGACGUGUUGCACAGUGACAGAAAGUUAACUUUAGUUUUUGAACAUUGCGAUCAGGAUCUGAAGAAGUAUUUCGACAGUUUGAACGGAGAGAUCGAUUUGGAUGUUGUUAAAUCUUUCCUGUAUCAGCUAUUGCGUGGAUUGGCAUUUUGUCACAGUAGAAAUGUGCUUCACAGAGAUCUUAAGCCUCAAAAUUUACUCAUCAACAAGAAUGGGGAGCUGAAAUUAGCUGACUUUGGACUAGCAAGAGCCUUUGGAAUUCCCGUAAAAUGUUACUCCGCGGAAGUCGUCACUCUAUGGUACCGUCCUCCGGAUGUUCUCUUUGGUGCAAAGUUGUACACGACAUCCAUCGAUAUGUGGAGCGCUGGUUGUAUAUUCGCUGAACUGGCAAACGCCGGUAGACCGUUAUUUCCCGGUUCAGAUGUAGACGAUCAAUUGAAGAGAAUAUUCAAGUUAUUGGGUACACCGACCGAGGAGACUUGGCCGGAUUUUACCAGUCUGCCGGAUUAUAAGCACUUCCCACUUUAUCUUCCUGGACAAGGAUUAGCUCAAGUUACGCCGAAACUCAAUUCCAAAGGCAGAGAUUUAUUGCAGAGGUUGUUGGUGUGUAAUCCAGCGUUACGGUUAGCAGCGGACGAAGCAAUGGCGCAUCCCUAUUUCAGCGACUUGAACCCUGCCAUCAAAAACGAUCGUUGUCAAUAGUGAAUUUCAGGCUAGAUUGACUGGAGUGGCAACGGAAAAAAUCAC